AUGUUGGUGAGAAUAUUAUUUAUAGCGUUAGCUAUGACAAAAUGUGUUUUAUCGGAUUAUCCAAUUGUUGGUGGUCUUUUCUAUGCAAGCGAUGAAAGCCUUAAAAUCGCUUUCAACGUAAGCGCUACGUAUUACAACUUUACGCCAAUAAUAAAAGAGGUCACCAAAAGAGGAGAAAUUCUCGAGAUAACUGGACACGUAUGCAACCUCGCUGAACAAGGCAUAGUCGGAAUAAUAGACGGUCUGGGGGGUAAGGCGACUGAACACAUCCAUGCACUUUGUGAUAUGCUCGACUUGCCUCUCAUGGUCGUACAACAUAACGACCAUUAUAUGAAAGACUGGACACUUCUGAACUUAUAUCCAAGUCCCGCGGCCUUUAAUAUGGUUUUAUCAAAUUUAAUAACAAUGAAAGAGUGGAGGAAUUUUACGAUAUUGUAUGUAAAAGGUCACAGUUUGACAAAAGUUCAACAUUUGAUGAAAAUGGGCGAGCCAUCAGACAAGUUUACCGUCACGGUACGAGAAUUAAGUGGAAAAGACUACAGGAACGUAUUAAUAAAUGCAAAGCAAAAUGGUUUUACCAACUUUGUUGUGGACUGUCCUUCAGAAAAUUUAGAACAGAUUUUGAGCCACGCACAACAAGUCGGUCUUAUGGCAGAUGAACAUUCUUACAUAUUUGUGUCUCCCGAUCUAUUUACUUUGGAUUUAUAUCGAUAUAGAUAUGGCGGUGUUAACAUCACUGGAUUUCGUUUAGUAAAUCUGUUUAAUAAUGACAUUUUGUAUGAAUUUACUGAUCUUUAUAACAAAGAAUCGGAACAAUCUGAAAGUGCAGAGACACUUAAAACAAAACUCAUCCUCAUUCACGAUGCUAUCUUUGUUUUAUAUAAAGGACUAUCUAAAGUCAAUGUAACGAUUAGUAGUCUAAGUUGUAACAACGCUGAAGCAUGGUUUUAUGGAUCUUCAUUGAUCACUUUUAUGAAAACGAAUAAAAUUGAAGGUGCAACUCGAUCCUUAAUAUUUGAUGGGUUUGGACAGAGAAACAACGUCAUCAUGGACAUACUGGAGUUGACGCCAGCGGGAAAUCAGACAAUAGGUACGUGGAUAAACAAAGAAAUAAAGCCAUCUCGACCGCCAAUGUCAGCCGCUGAAAUAGCAGAAGAGACAAUAAUGAGAAAUAAAACCUUUAAAGUUCUUAUUGCUACGGUGGCUGCCCCGUUUGGAUAUGAAAAGGAGUCUCACCAACAUUUAGAAGGCAAUGAUCGCUAUGAAGGUUUCACUAUAGAUUUAAUAGACCAAGUGGCGGAGUUAUUGGGUUUUUCGUAUGAAUUUGAAGUUGAAAAUACUUACGGUGAUUUUAAACCUCUAACUAAUGUGUCCAAUGGAAUGGUCAAGAAACUUCGUGAAGAUGUAGCGGAUUUCGCUAUAUGCGACUUUACUAUAACGGCAAACAGACAAAAGGGAAUAGAUUUUUCAGUGCCUUUUAUGACUGUGGGUAUAGGAAUCCUUUACAAGCAACCCAGCAAGCAGCCGCCCGAGAUGUUUUCCUUUAUGGCCGUGUUUUCUAAAGAGGUGUGGUACUACAUGAUGUUCGUGCAGCUAGGCUUAGGUGUGAUAAUGAUCUUCGUAGGUAGGAUCUCUCACAAAGAAUGGCAAAACCCCGUCCCGUGUAUAGAAAAGCCAGAGGAACUGAGCAAUCAAUUCAGUUUUGCAAACUCUGUAUGGCUCAUUAUUGGAUCUGUGAUGCAACAAGGCUCGGAAAUUGCUCCCAUUGCGCUAGCGCCUCGAAUGAUAACCAGUGUUUGGUGGUUUUUCACUAUGGUAAUGGUUGCUUCAUAUACGGGAACGCUGGUAGCGUUUCUUACCGUCGAAAAAAACGUCCUUCCCUUUGAAACUGUUGAAGAACUUCAGCAACUCAAAUCAAUAUCCUAUGGGGCUAAGGAGGAAGGAUCUACUAUAUCGUUUUUUAAGGAUUCACCUGCAUAUCAAACUCUGUACAACAACAUGGUAAAUAAAAAAUGGCUCGUCAAAGAAAACAACGACGGCGUUGCACGAGCAGAAAAUUCGACGUAUGCAUUUUUUAUGGAAUCCGCAUCCAUAGAAUAUUAUAAGGAAAGACAUUGUGAUUUGCUUCAAGUGGGUGGAUUGUUAGAUUCGAAAAGUUACGGCAUUGGUAUGAAAAAAGGUUCUCCAUACAAAAAGUAUAUAGAUGAUGCCAUUUUGAACUUAAAAGAAAGAGGAGAAAUACAAAAAUUAAAGGAUCUAUGGUGGAAAGAAAAAAGGGGUGGAGGAAAAUGUGGCGAGAAACAAAGUGAAGAUCAAAAGCAAUUGGGCAUGAAGAACAUGCUAGGCGCAUUCGUGGUACUCGGGGUCGGGUGCCUCAUUGGUCUCUUCAUUUCUAUACUAGACAUGUUGUGGGGUGUUUUUAAACGUUCGGUGAAAUACAAUACAACAUUCAAGUAUGAAUUGAUAGAAGAAUUGAAAUUCGCUCUUAAAUUCAGUGGUGACAUCAAACCAGUGAAACGUCCGACCAAAACGGAAAGCGGUAGUGCGGAAAAAUUAGCAGAAUUGACAGAAGGCAAAGAUGAGAUAAGAUCAUUAAAAUCUCUAGGUUCAGGAAAAUCUACUGAUACUCAUAAAACUCAUCAUUCUCAUAGUUCGAGACACUCUUCUGGAGGUCUAAGUGUAGCCUUUGCGAGACGACGUGAAUAUUCU